AUGCCGGCGGACGCGGUGCAGGGCGCGGGCCGUGUGUGCUCCUACGGGAUGAAACUCAACUGGGACAUCAACGACCCGCAGAUGCCUCAGGAGCCGGCCCACUUCGACCCCUUCCGCGAGUGGCCUGAAGGCUACGUGCGCUUCAUCUACAGCCGCGACGAGGAGAAGGCGCGGCGCCACCUGAGUGGCCGGGCCAUGCGCAACACCAACAACCACCACGGCCACAUCCUCAAGAAGUCGUGCCUGCGCCCUGCCCGGCGGCGCCCCCUGCAGCUGCGGCCAGCCAUCUGCGACAAGGCGCGCCUCAAGCAGCAGCAGAAAGCGUGCCCCAACUGUCACUCUGCUUUGGAGUUGAUGCCCUGUCGAGGGCACAGCGGAUACCCUGUAACCAAUUUCUGGCGGCUUGAGGGCAACGCGAUAUUUUUUCAGGCCAAGGGAGUUCAUGAUCACCCAAGACCAGAGAGUAAAUCAGAAACGGAAGCUAGAAGAAGUGCCAUCAAGAGACAGGUGGCCUCUUUUUACCAGCCCCAGAAAAAGAGAAAUCAGGAAUCUGAAGCAAGAAAGAAUCAAGACAACAGUGAACAUUUCAGCAACAUACCUCCCCUGGAAAAUCUGGAACUGUUUAAUGUAAUUACUGACACCGGUUUCCCUAUUCCAGGGCAGCCUUGCCCCUCCUUCCCAAACUCUGAUGCUUACAAAGCUACCUGUGGCCCAGCCACCUUUCAAGGGGACAUAAUGACCCCCUUUCAAAAAUAUUCAAACCCAAGAAUCUGUUUGCCCAGACCAGCUUGCAGCUAUGAAUUGGCAGGCCCUGGUUUUACAAGUUUGAGCUCCUAUCCCACCCUUUAUAAAGAUUCCACCAGUGUCCCUAAUGAUGCAGACUGGAUUCAUCUUAACACACUACAAUAUAAUGUCAAUUCAUACAGCAGCUAUGAGAGAGGCUUUGAUUUCACUAGUAAACAACAUGGCUGGAAACCAGCGCUUGGAAAAGCUGGUAUUGGGAAGAGGACUGACCAUGGGCAGUUCCAGACCAUGGCCCCUCACCCUUAUUAUAACCCAGAGCUUCCCUGCAGGUACCUCACGACUCCCCCACCAGGUGCCCCUGCCUUACAGACCGUGAUCACCACCACCACCAAAGUGUCCUACCAAGCCUACCGGCCACCUGCUCUGAAAUACAGUGACAACGUGCAGGAGGUUAAGAGCCUUUUGAGCUGUAACUAUGCUUCUGAAAAUGCGCCAAUGUCCAUGUAUCCAGAAGCCUUGGAACCUCCAGCUACAGUCACCAGGGCAGCCUCUCCAGCAGGGUCACUUCCUUUGAAACUUUCAGGAGAUUGCCAGGCCAUCAGACCCACUUUGGCUUUUCCUCAAGAGUCAGCUUCCUCCAGGACAGAUGGAGUAGAGACUUGGGAUGUGUGUCUAUCUGGGCUGGGCUCUGCAGUUAGUUGCUCAGACAGAGUGGAUCCAUUUUUUAGCUAUGACAAUGAAGAUUUUUAAAAGGCAGUCCAGGGGACAAUAUAGUAUUGAUGCAUGUGCAGGCAAUGAAACGUUUAAUGGCAACUAUUUUGUUGAGUUGGGAGAUCCUUACUGUAGGCACAGAAAUAUAGAUUGUAGUAAAAAUGCUGAUUAGCUGAGGAAAUGAUCAGUCAGAAAUGUUUAGAUAAUAUCAGGAAAUGUCACACAGCUUUUUGAAACAAACUAGAGUGCAUAGAAGUAAUCCAGAGGUGUGACUCUUCCAAUUGCACAAAUAAACUGGAGACCAUGAAGGUUAAAUACAGUUUUAAAUUUACUUAGCUUAUUAGCUGGAGUAGAAGUCAAGAAUCCUGAUUCUAAGUCUUUCCCUUCAGAUCAUAUUAGGGAAUUUCACACAUCCUUAUUUGGUCCUUAGAGGCUGCCAAAAUACCUUCAGGAAGAAAUCUUUGCAAUCUUAUCAAACAUUUCAUGAAAUUUUUGUUUAUCAUGUAGAACCUGUUAAAAUAGCAUCAGGAAGUGAUUUUGAUCCUUUUAUGUCCGAAGUAUAUA